GCCCUGAGCCGGCUCGGCCCGGCCCCCGCACAGCUCCAGCCACCGCCGCAGCAUGAGGUUCUCCGCGCUCUGGCGCCUAAGCCGGGGAGUCGCCGCCCCGCUAGCCGGGAGGAAGGGGACCGCGCCCCGCCGGGGCACGGCCAGUACCUGGGGCCGCUGGGAGAAGCAACAGGCUGGCGGCGCGCGGGACUCGGCUGCCGGAGAAAUCAUUCAGAGUUCAAAGAAAGUCCUGGCAUCGUUGCAGAAAGGACACCCUACAUUUAAGCCGACACUUGCCAUUGUACAGGUGAGUGAUGAAGAUUUGGUGCAAGACGUAAACCAGAACUUUGCCAAAGAGAUUGGUCUGCACGUUAUUCACAUUUGCCUCCCUCAGGGUAGCAGUGAAGAUGAGAUUGUUGGUGAAAUCUUGAGACUCAAUGAAGAUCCUACGGUUCAUGGCGUUGCCCUUCACCUCUCUGAAAAUGCAUACAGCAGCAAAAUAUUAAAUGCAAUAAAACCAGAGAAGGAUGUGGAUGGAGUAUCAGAUGUAAACCUGGGACGGUUGGUGCGGGGAGAUACUUACAACUGUUCAGUUUCUCCCACUGCCAGCGCUGUGAUGAAGCUUCUUGAAAAACUAGCAGUUAAAACUGUAGAUGGAAAGAAGGUAUUACUAGUGGAAACUUGUGGGCCUCUGGAAGCCUCUUUGCAGUGCCUGCUUCAGAGAAAAGGUGCCAUGACUAUGAGCUGCCAGUGGAAAACACAGCAACUUCAGAGCAAGCUUCAUCAGGCAGAUGUGGUGGUGGUAGGCAGUACCAAACCUAAAGAGAUUCCAGUCAGUUGGAUAAGACCUGGAACAACCAUUGUCAAUUGUUAUCCUGACUUUUUAUCAGGGGAACAUGGUUAUGGUCAAGAUGUAAAGUACAGUAACCAGUCUGCUAUAGAGGCUAUAGGUCCUCUGACAAUAGCAAUGCGGAUGCAGAACAUGGUAAAAACCAGCGAGAGAUGGAUCCAGUCUCAGCAAUACAGGAAGUGGAACCUCCAUUGCUUGAAACUUCAGCCCCUCUCCCCAGUGCCCAGUGAUAUUGAGAUUUCCCGAGAACAGAGUCCAAAAGCUGUUGAUAGACUUGCCAAGGAGAUAGGAUUGCUUGCAGAUGAAAUUGAAAUCUAUGGCCAAACCAAAGCCAAAGUACGUUUGUCCCUGCUGGAAAGGUUAAAGGAUCAAACAGAUGGAAAAUACGUUCUAGUUGCUGGGAUAACACCUACACCGCUUGGAGAGGGGAAGAGCACUGUCACGAUUGGUCUUGUUCAAGCUCUAACUGCACAUCUUAAUGUGAAUUCCUUUGCAUGUCUGAGACAACCUUCCCAGGGACCUACUUUUGGAGUUAAAGGUGGGGCUGCUGGAGGUGGAUAUGCUCAAGUCAUUCCAAUGGAAGAGUUCAACCUUCAUUUGACUGGAGAUAUCCAUGCUAUUACUGCUGCUAAUAAUUUGCUGGCUGCUGCUAUUGAUGCAAGGAUCUUGCAUGAAAGCACUCAGUCUGAUAAGGCUUUGUAUAAUAGGCUGGUUCCAGUAGUUAAUGGUGUGAGAGAAUUUUCUUCUAUUCAGCUUGCCCGCUUGAAAAGAUUGGGAAUAAACAAGACCGAUCCAGGCACUUUAACAGCAGAUGAGAUUAAUAAAUUUGUACGCCUUGAUAUUGACCCAUCUACCAUAACAUGGCAAAGAGUAUUGGAUACAAAUGACCGAUUCCUGCGAAAAAUAACAAUUGGGCAGGCAAAUACAGAGAAGGGAUUUUUUCGACAGGCUCAGUUUGACAUUGCCGUUGCAAGUGAAAUCAUGGCAAUCUUAGCACUGACCACCAGCCUGGCAGAUAUGAAAGAGAGACUGGGGAAAAUGGUGGUGGCUAAUGACAAAAAUGGACAGCCAGUGACAGCUGAGGAUUUGGGAGUAACAGGUGCUUUGGCAGUUUUGAUGAAGGAUGCAAUUAAGCCAACACUAAUGCAGACUUUAGAGGGAACUCCAGUAUUUGUGCAUGCUGGACCGUUUGCUAAUAUUGCACAUGGAAACUCUUCAGUUUUGGCAGACAAGAUUGCCCUGAAGCUGGUUGGAGAAGAAGGAUUUGUGGUAACUGAAGCUGGUUUUGGUGCUGACAUUGGGAUGGAGAAAUUCUUUAACAUCAAAUGCAGAGCAUCUGGCUUAGUUCCCAGUGUGGUUGUGCUUGUUGCUACAGUGAGGGCUUUGAAAAUGCAUGGAGGAGGGCCAAAUGUAACUGCUGGUGCCCCUCUUAAGAAAGAAUAUACAGAAGAGAAUCUCCAGCUGGUAGCUGAUGGCUGUUGUAAUCUACAGAAGCAAAUUCAGAUUGCUCAACUCUUUGGAGUUCCUGUUGUAGUUGCUCUAAAUGUCUUCAAAACUGACUCCCAUGCUGAAGUUGAUUUAGUCUGUGAGAUUGCAAAACAGUCUGGAGCAUUUGAUGCAGUGCCCUGCAAUCACUGGUCAGCUGGCGGUAGAGGAGCUGUGGAAUUGGCUCAGGCUGUGAGAAAAGCUGCCAGUCAGGAAAACCACUUCAAAUAUCUGUAUAACUUGGAGCUUCCUAUUAUUGAAAAAAUAAGGAUCAUUGCUCAGAAGGUUUAUGGAGCUGAGGAUAUAGAAUUGUCUCCUGCAGCACAAUCUCAAAUCAGUCGUUACAGCAAACAGGGUUUUGGAAAUCUUCCAAUUUGCAUGGCAAAAACGCACCUGUCCCUCUCCCACCAGUCUGAGAGGAAAGGUGUUCCAACUGGCUUCAUUCUUCCUAUUAGUGAUGUGCGGGCCAGCAUCGGAGCUGGGUUCAUCUACCCAUUAGUAGGAACGAUGAGCACCAUGCCAGGACUUCCUACAAGGCCUUGCUUCUAUGACAUUGACCUUGACCCAGACACAGAGCAAGUUAAAGGGUUGUUUUGAGAGAGGUCUCCAAGUUCAGAAUUCUGAAAAUACAAACUGCUACGUCACUGUUUCCUGCAAUAGGAGACGAGUGAAUUUGAAAUAUGCCUGUUAUGUGUCUCUGGAGGGAUAUCAAGAUAGACCAAAGAGGAAAAAAAUCUACUCUUCCUUCUACCCAUUUUUAUGACAAAAAAAAAGUUUGUUACAAACUAAUUUAUUCUUGGUUUAGUGGAGAGAAAUUUUUUGCCAUGCUUACUAUUGCUUGCUUGCAUUUCUGAAUGUUUGUUUUGUCGAUAAAAUGGUGUGAACAGAAAGGUGAGAUUUUCCACUCCAGGAUUUUGUAUUCUUUAUUUGAGUUGCUAACAAAAGUAUUUCCCUUGUCAAUGGCCAUCUAAAAAAUUAACAUAAACGGGAUUACACGGCCUUACAAAGCCUGUUGCUCUUGAAAGAGUACAGUUCAGCUGCUGGCAUUCAGGAGCUGAAACCACACACAAAUUAGCUGCACAUUUCUGAGUUAUCAGCAAGUGUUGCUAUGGGCACUGCUGGGGAAGAGCCAAAUUUCAAAUGAGGGGACUGUUGAAGAAUAACAAACAAGACGUUUUUAAUACAGAAUUUGUAUUUCCUCUGUGGGCAAACAGCUUUGAAAAACUUAAAACAUAGUGUGUCCCAUAGUCAUAGGCACUUUUAUCUGUCAAAGGUGCUUGUUACCAGUUCUACAGUGUUUUUGGUCUAUUUUGUUCAGUAUCUCGGCUAUAAAUCCCAAAUGUCAACAAGCUUUGUUUCUUUUAAAAAUCAGCUGUCUAAGGAGACAGAAGGAAUGUCUGUCUUGUCAGUUUUUUGAAAAAUAUCAACCUCCAACCUUGUUUCCCAGUGAAGUGGGUUAUUGUCAUUAUUCUAGAGGGUUUUUCUUACAGUGCAAAAUUGAGGGUCUGGUGUUGCAUUUACAGUCAGCAGGUGGUACUGCCAGUGAAAACUGACCAUUCUUUAUUUGGGGGUUGCAGUAUGCUAUCCCCAUGCACCAGCCACCCUCUGUAGGGACAGUUGGGUGCUGUAGCAUGUCAAAAAUCCAAAAUGGAGCAGUUCUUUUGACUUUCUUUAAGUGCCCAUUGAAUGAAUCACUGCUACAGAAGGGCAAACUUUCACACGGAACAUAUUUAUCAGGUUACUUUUGAGUAUUUCCUUUCUCAUUGUUGCUGUUUAUUUUCCAAAUAUGUGCCUGAAAGAAGGGUCUUCCUUCUAAUGCACAUGUUCCUUUGACCUGAUUUAUUCAGUGAACUCCUUUGCAAUAUUUUGGACAUUGAAAACACAUUAUUACAACACCACCUAGUAAAAUGGAGAACAGCCCCAAAUGUCAUGCUACUCAGAUAAUAUAUUGUACAUCAUCAACCAAGUCCACAUAAUUGUCUCACUAGAUGUAAGGGCCAGCUGCUAAAAAUGUCUGGUGUCUUAUGCAGAAAUAAUGCUCAUAUUUAACACUUUAAUAUGGCCUCAUUUAGGUUUCCAGUAGCAAAAUGUUGACGCCUUUCAGUUAUUUCUGGGCACAAACAAAAGUCCUGAACCUCCAAAAGUCACAUUAGUGAGCUCCAGCUGCUCUCUGUCACCCUAGAGUGCAUUGCACUAGGACACCACUUCUGCCAUGGAGGAUCUGGCUGAUAAGAACCCUAAUAAACCAAUGUUUUUAAAUGAUUUGGUUCAUUUUCUCAACACUUCUCUAGUUUGAUUAUUACAUGCAAUUUAUAAUUUAAAAAGGAGAUGAAGCCAGUUUUCUACGCUCGUAUUCAAGAACUACAAGCUGGUAGGGCUUGGUUUUCAAAAAGAAAGGUACACAAUGAAAAAAACAAGCUGUCUGUGUGAUGAGGUGCUUAUGGUGAUGGGGUUGGUUGCUAAAGCAGGGUGUUGCACUUUUGUGGGUCCUUGGGUAUAUUCAGGCACACUGUUAUGGCUUUCUCCUGCUAUGCUGGUUUUUCUAUAUAGUGUGUAUCCUGUAUGUAGUGAACAGGAUACACAUGUGUAGUCACAAAAGCAGAUCAUUCUUGAAACCAUGGCGCUUUCAUAUGACACAGAAUUUUGGGCCUCUCAAGAUCAUGUUUUCCAUUUUUAACCAUCAUACUUAACAUAUAAAACUGAGUGUGCCUCAGAGCUGAAUUGGAUAUUCAUUUAAACAAGUAUUCAGCAGAUUGCUGAGUAGAAUCUCACGCAGUGUGCUUUUAGACCACCACAGUAACUGACUCUUCUUUCUCUGGACUUUUUUUCUGACAGCAAUCCAGAAUAAAACAGGAUUCUGAAAAUACACAGAAUAUUGUAUUUUCAAGCUUUUGAAAGUGCUCCUUCUCAGGAAAUGCUCAUGAACUGGUUCCUUAAAGAGCAACAAAACAAUGGGGUCCGGAGAGACAAUAUAUCAUUGUCCUUUUAAGAUAAAACAGUGAAAUAAUGACCAGAAAUAGUUUAUUUCCCAGGUGACAUCUUCCAGUGGUGCUCCACCCAGCUUACUCAUGUCUAUAUGUUAUAGGCUUGAACAAUGUCUCUUUGGUCCUGUUUACAUCGCCAUUCCCACCAUGUUUGGGGACUCCAUUACAUCACAUGGUUCUCUAACCAGUUUUUUUAAAGAGUUUAGUCUUGCAGGGAUUGAACCUUGUUUUAACUGUGUACCCUACCUGUGCCAGAGCCUUGGACUCUAGUGAGACAGCAGCAUGUACUGGAGGCACAGUUGACAUAAUGCUCCUUCCAGAGUGCAAGAGUGAAACAUAUUUUAGCUAUGAAGACUACUGUGUUGUAACUUAGACCUCUAGCAUGGAGUUACAGUAAAGAUGGGACUCUGAUGGUUCCAAGGCAUUUGACAUGUUUUGUUAACAAGGUUCACUUCACAAAUUUAGCUUAUGCCAGGCUAGACUCUGGGCACUCUGUGAUUAUACCCAUACCAGCUACAAUGAUGUAUAAACAAGGCUGUUACUAGCAAGAUUUGAGCCCAGUUUUCCAGACAAUUGUGGGCAGAGAUUUUUGGUCAGCGAUUUUAUUAAACUGUCCCCGUAGGCUCAAUCUACGCUAUGUUUAUACCUAUAUUGUAGUCGAAUCCCACAACUCAUCUGUAUUUGUCGUGUAGACAGGCUCAACACCAUCUGCGCAAAAAAUAUAAAUCUACACUUGGGGGAUUUCCUAGAGUGGUUGUCGGAAAAACAUUCUGCUCCACACUGCUAGCGACAGCCAUGUUCUAUACGUGGCUCUACCAUAGCUAACUCAGUUCUGACCUUAGUGCAGUGUGGAUUCGAAGCACUCCUGGUUUUGAAGCAUCCACUGCUGUUGACCAGUGAACACUGCAUGAGGAAUAUGAGGCUCUCAGAGUGAUAGCAUUUAACAAACCACUCCAAACUCCCAUUUUAUAUACACAUGGGUCCCCAUAGCAUGUGUUCCAGGUAAAUAUUUUUAAUUUAGACCAUACUGUCUUUCCUCCCUGAACAAUAUUUCUGGUACUUAUUUAUCUUACUGCAGCACAAGAGCCAGUGAAGAUAGUCAGGAGUUAAUGAGGUGCGUGUGAUUUUUUGACAGUCAUCUGGAUAGAGAAUUUUUUUUAUGCUACAAUGUGCUGAUGUAUUCAUCACCAAGAAAUCUUUGAGCCGUUUCAGUCAUCUUUCAUUAUUUCCCAGGUUUGCUUUUCCCUACUCAAAUAUCUGCAAAAAUCUUUUGAACUAACCAGUUUCAGCUUCUUCACCUAUUUAUCCUUUCAAGUUUUAGGGUGAGAUGUUCUAAAGUCCUCAGCACUGCCCUCAUUCUGGUCCCAUUGACAUCAGUGGGAGUUUUACCAUUGAGUGGGAGCAGUUUCCCAGACUUAAGCCAUCACUGAGCUCUUCUGAAAAUCCUGCCCUCAGUGUGUUAUUUUUCCUUUUGUUUGCUUUAUUUCAAAUGCCUUCUAGUGGAAAAAAGUAUUAUGAGUAUCAUUAUUUAUAUAGUGCUGUAGUUGUAACUGGUGCUUUAUGAACGUAUAGGAAGAUAAAGUCCCUCGCCUGAGGACUUUUCAAACCACAUGAGGUUAGCACAGAUGCUAACAGAUCGUGAUUAGGGAGGAAAUGUAAGAGAAAGGAUUGAAGUUACAGAAGAGAAGGAAGUGAAUAUUGCUCAUUGUAGAGAAUCUAAUUGUUACGAAAUAUUACAAGUGACCUGUGUACUAUGCCUGCAAAUUGCAAAGUAUUGUGGAAUGUAAGAAGCUUUUAAAACACACUUCACGCUGAGGUAUGAGUAGUCAUGAACAUAUUGCUAUAAAAGGUUUGGAAUCCUUUCACAUUGCAUAGUAUAUAGCAAUAUUUGUGAAGUCUGCAGCUCUUUAUAAAAGCUGCAGCAGUCUCAAGAGAUAAAUCCAGAAAAAUAUCCUGGGUGGAGAGAGGAAAUCAAGGAAUGAUAUACUUUUAUAGAGCCUUUUUUGGAAAAUUUCGGAGGAGUUCGCAAAAGCGGGAAGCUAGUAGUAUUCCUAGGGUACUGGUUUGCAAUAUGAGGCACAGAGAAGCAACGUGAUGUGCUUGGUCACAGUGAGUCAGCUGCAGAACUAGGAAUAGAAUCCAAGUGACCUGACUCCGUUCUGGGCUGUAACCCCAGACCAGUUUUAGGACAUGUUCCAUAAUCACAAUUUUACAAAAAGACGUGAACUAUUUUUCUUUGCUUCUUAUUUUUUAUGUUAGGAGCCGCAUGGCAACUUUUGUAUUAUCAUUUAUGUCUAUAGAACUGCUUUUUUUUUUGUACUCAGCUAAUACUUAGGUUUUUACUCCAGCGGUAGCAAAUACUGACUGCACAGAAAUAUGUACAAGCUACUUACAAGUUUUGUUGUAUUUUAAAAUCCAAAACUCUCAAUGGUGUGUACAUUUAAAAAAAAAAUAAAGUAUAUACCUCCUUAUGUAUACCAA